AUGUCGCCCCCGUAUUCUGACACCCCCGACUCAGAUGAUCAGUUCGACGACGACGAUCCGUCUGACAAUGGCCAAUGGUCCGACGAUGACAACGGAGGGCCCGAUGACGACCUUGACAGUGGGUUCGACAGUAUGGCUUCCGACGGCGAUGGCGACACCGAUGACGGGAGUGAUUUCGGCGAUGGAAACGACGAUGAUGCCACGGCCUAUAGCGACGGCAGCGAUGUGGACAAGUUGAGCAAACAAUUCGCUACAGCAAACAUCGCCGCGGCUGCACCCGUCAAUCGCUCUAUGAACUUAGCCGCGACGGCACCCGUCAGUCGCGCUAUGGCUAAGCCGCAGAACCGUGGCGGACAACGGAUGUGUGCCGUCUGUGGUAUUCGUCCUGCAUAUAGCCAGAAUGGGAAGAGCUACCCCACCUGCGGAAUGACUUGUGCGGCUAAGUACAAACCUAAUGGCAGUGGUGGAGGCGGUGGCCGGAGCAGCAACAAUACAGCUACUAUCGUGAUUCUCUGUGUGGUCUGCGGUAAGAAGCCGGCAUACAACCAUGGAGGGAAAAGCUAUCCGACAUGCGGCAAUACCUGUGCAGGGAUUUACAAGGCUGGCAGAUUCACUCGUCUAUGCGUGAUAUGUGGUAUCCGCCCUUCGUAUCAUAAGAACGGGAAGAACUACCCUACAUGCGGCCUCACCUGUGCUGGAAAAUACAAGAUCGCCACGGGGGGUGGUCACGGUAGCGGUGGUACUACUCGUCUAUGCGUCCUUGGGAAGUAUCACUUUUGCGGGCGGACGUGCAAGAAACUGGCAUUGAAAACAACACCAAGGAUCAUGGAGAUUCCUCAGGGCCAUGUCACAUGGAAGAUGGUCCGGGCGAAGUUCGACAACGCUUGGAAGUCGCCCAAUAAUGUCGCCAAGCCAACCAUAAAGCACGUGUACAAGAUCGUCGAGAGCGCAACGUUCACUAAGCCGUACGACGCUUACCGAAAGAGAGUCCACAAUGAACGCUUCCGCUAUCACGGUACCACACGCGUGUGUCAAUUGGGGAACACGGGCCACACGAAGCUGUGUAACUCGCCUAAAUGUGCAGUAUGCAAUAUCUUGAAGACUUCGUUCAAUGUGACCCUUGCGAACCCAAGCGGAGCGGCAUGGAGUUACAGCUCGAAUGGCACUGGUGUCAUGAUUCUCAAUAAAGUCGUCCUCGGACGCGUCUAUAACGUCACUGCCUUCAAUCAAGUCAUGUCUCUCCCUUCGGGCUACAAUUCCCCUUAUGAUGAGGAACAGAAGUGGUUGGCCGACUGCAUUCUCGACCAUAGAUGUGUCCGACGCAGCUGGCGUUAUCUCGUCCGUUGGACUGGCUACUGGUCGCCUGCCUUGGAGAUCGAAGCUCUUGAAGCUUUCAAAUUUAGUACACAACAUGUUUGGUCUCUGAACAUCGUAUGUAUUAUAUGUUGGAACAACGGUGCGAACGGCGCGGGGGCGCGUUUGUCCACGGGCGUAGCGAUGCCCGUCAGGGACAAUCGCGUGCGGGGCCUCCGGCCCCCGGCUACUCGCGCGCCCGAGCUUGCGAGGUCGUUCCUGACCACGCGGGUCAGCGCGUUUCAACAUUAUACAAAGCUGGUUGUCAAGACUCGAUUGGACACUGUUGAGACGAAGAUAAGGCAGAUUCAGACGCUGCAGGAUGAUUUUCAGGAAUUUAAAGAUCGACUGCCUCUGUAUGUUGCGAAUCUUACCAUGAACUGCGCUACCCCUUUGUUCUACCCCGCCAAUGUGCCGAACGAUCAGAUUCCUGCCUGGGCUAAGAAGAAGUCCGGACAGCUGAAUCUAUCGAUGAGGUGGCUGAACUCCUCCAAUUGUCGCCUUUACAAAGAGAUGUCACGCCUAUUCGCCGCAAGCAGCAAAUUUACGAGUUCUUUGGAAUACUGGGUGAUGCUUGCAUACCUGAAGAAGAUGAGAUGUUUAUUGAACACACCCACGACAUGCACGCAGCACGUAUGA